AUGUGUUUCGGAAGCAAGAAGGAAGAGAAUAAUGAUCCGGCGCCACGUCCGGUGCAGAGACCAGCAUCGGUUCAAAGCCAGGGAGAUGUGAAGAAGAGCAAAUACAACCCUCAGAAUGACCCCAACCAAUACGCGGGAGAAUCCAGCUAUUCAGCACCUCCAGGACCCCCUCCGGAUAGGAAACAGGCUUCGGACUUUGCGCCGCCUCCAGGACCACCUCCUGGUCAGUCAUCAUCGCAACAGUACUCUGCACCUCCAGGACCACCGCCCGGUCAAUCUUCAUCACAGCAAUAUUCUGCGCCUAUGGGACCACCACCUAGCAAGGCCGGAGCGCAGUAUGAUGCUCCCCCAGGACCUCCUCCAGGACAUGCAUCAUCACAACAGUACGAUGCCCCUCCGGGUCCUCCUCCCAGCAAAGGUGCGCCGCCAGAGUAUGCACCUCCAUCUGGACCUCCCCCUAAGCACGACUGGGAGGUAGCAGUGCCAGAUACCUCACUGUUCCCGCCACCUCCUGCUAUCUUUAGCGGCUACGACAGAUCGCCUACGAGCAAUGCUACUGAGGAUAAGGCUAACGCUGGUGAGGAUUGGUGUCAAUCGUAUCCUAUGACUGAUCCUAUCUAUCUGGAUCAAACUGGAAAGGCGGCUCUUCAGGCGGGUAAUAUCCGCCUCAUGGAACCCGUAGGCUUCAGUGGUCAGCUCACCUGGCUGCAGCCUGGACAUUGGCAGGGCUGGACAAAGAAGAACUCGCCCGAUCGUUGUAUCAUUGGUUACCCACCACUCUACUCGGUCACUGGACAUGAUCCUAUUCGCCUGGGUCAGCCAAGGACUAUCUACUACGAAGUCAAGGUAGCACGGGACAGCCCCGAGGUAUUCCUCGCUCUUGGUUUCACCGCGCUGCCAUACCCUUCAUUCCGCAUGCCAGGCUGGCACCGCGGCAGUCUAGCAAUCCACGGUGACGACGGACACAAGUACGUCAACGACCGCUGGGGUGGUCGCGACUUCACUCAACCCUUCCAACGUGGUGACACGUACGGUAUCGGAAUGACGCUCCGUCCUAUUGGUGGACCGAAGCCGCAGGUUGACAUCUUCUUCACCCGCAAUGGCACUAUGACGGGUGGAUGGGCCCUUCAUGAGGAGACAGAUGCUGAGCAGGAUCUGCCUGUGACUGGACUGGAAGGUUUCCAUGACUUAAGUUGUGCUAUUGGAACGUAUGAUGGCGCCAAGUUUGAGGUCAUGUUUGAGCCGUCUAAGUGGAUGUAUAACCCUUAUCAGGUGUAA